ACCCCGUUAGAACUAGUUGAAUUCCGAGGCGUUGCCAGACCCCCGAUUCCGCUAUCGAUGUAUCGAUAGCACCCUCCAGAAAAUGGUGCUGACUUCCGGCUGUCAAAUUUUUCUUUCUUUCCCAGCCACGACGAGGUCGACAGCAUGAGUUCUCUAAAGCUCCAGAAGAGGCUCGCAGCCUCCGUGCUGCGAUGCGGCAAGAAGAAGGUCUGGUUGGAUCCCAAUGAAAUCAACGAGAUCGCCAACACAAACUCGCGUCAGAACAUCCGCAAGCUCAUCAAGGAUGGUCUGAUCAUCAAGAAGCCCGUCGUGGUCCACUCCCGCUACCGUGUGCGCAAGAACACCGAGGCCCGCCGCAAGGGUCGUCACUGCGGAUUCGGAAAGCGCAAGGGUACUGCAAACGCCCGUAUGCCCACCAAGCUGGUGUGGAUGCAGCGCCAGCGCGUUCUGCGUCGCCUGUUGAAGAAGUACCGCGACAGCAAGAAGAUUGACAGGCACCUGUACCACGACCUGUACAUGAAGUGCAAGGGUAACGUGUUCAAGAACAAGCGCGUCCUGAUGGAGUACAUCCACAAGAAGAAGGCUGAGAAGCAGCGCAGCAAGAUGCUGGCUGACCAGGCCGAGGCUCGCCGACAGAAGGUGCGCGAGGCCCGCAAGCGCCGCGAGGAGCGUAUCGCCACCAAGAAGCAGGAGCUCAUUGCUCUGCACGCCAAGGAGGACGAGAUCGCUGCCAAGGCCGCCACCGCGGGUCACUAAGCAGUCCGGCCUCGCUAGUCGAGGUACCCUAUAUUGAUAGUACUGUUUAUCAUCUGAAUAAAACACCUUUGGUUUGGCCGAAAUGAUUUUGUACAAACGUGAAA